GAGCCACUAGCGAUGGGACUCCUCUUCCUCACCUGCCUGCUGGCUGUCUUUCCAGUGGUCUCCAUGAAGAGUCCCAUAUUCGGUCCUCAGGAAGUGAGCAGUGUGGAAGGUGGCUCAACAUCCAUCACAUGCUACUACCCAGACUCCUCCGUCAACCGGCAUACCCGGAAGUACUGGUGCCGGCAGGGAGCCAAGGGCCGCUGCACGACACUCAUCUCUUCGGAGGGCUACGUGUCCAAGGAUUAUGAGGGCAGAGCCAACCUCACCAACUUCCCAGAGAACAACACAUUUGUGAUGAACAUUGGCCAUCUCACCCGGGAUGACUCUGGGCGCUACAAGUGUGGUCUGGGCAUUAGUAGCCGAGGCCUGUCCUUUGAUGUGAGCCUGGAGGUCAGCCGUGGUCCUGGGCUCCAAAAUGACACUGAAGUCUACGUUGCUGACUUGGGCGGAAUAGUGACCAUCAAUUGCCCCUUCAAGUCGGAGAAUUCUGAGAAGAUCAAGUCUGUUUGCAAGAAGACAGGCCAGGGCUGUGUUCUAGUCGUUAACUCCAAAGAGCAGGUGCACCCUGACUAUAAGGGCAGAGCAGAGAUCUCUAUUCUGGAUACCAACCAAUUAGUGUUCAGUUUCAUUAUCAAGCGACUCCAGCUCAGCGAUGCUGGGAUGUACGUCUGCCAGACCGGGGAUGAUUCCAGUGGUGAUAAGAGCAACGUGGACCUCCAAGUGCUGAAGCCUGAGCCUGAACUGCUUUAUGGAGAUCUGAGGGGCUCCGUGACCUUUGAUUGUGCCCUGGGCUCCGAGGUGAAAGACACGGCCAAAUUUCUGUGCCGGAUAAGCAAUGGGGAAGACUGUGAUGUGGUCAUCAACACCCUGGGGAAGAAGGCUCAGGUUUUUGAGGGCAGAAUCCUGCUCACUCUCAAGGAUAACAGCUCCUUCAGUGUGCAUAUCACCAACCUGAGGAAAGAGGAUUCGGGGUACUACAUCUGUGGAGCCGACUCUGAUGGCCAGCUUCACAAAGGCUGGCCCAUCCAGGCCUGGCAACUCUUUGUCAAUGAAGAGACCAUAAUUCCCAAGAGUCCCUCUGUGGUGAAAGGUGUGGUUGGAGGCUCUGUGGCAGUGUUCUGCCCCUACAACCCUAAGGAAGCAAACAGCCUGAAGUACUGGUGUCGCUGGGAAGACACUCAAAAUGGCCGCUGCCAACCCCUGGUGGAGAGUGACGGGCUGGUUCAGGAGCAGUACGAGGGGAGGCUCACGCUGCAUGAAGAGCCAGGCAAUGGCACCUACACGGUCAUACUCAACCAGCUCACCACUGAGGAUGCUGGCUUCUACUGGUGUCUGACUAAUGGCGAUCAUCGCUGGAGGUCCACAGUGGAGCUCAAGAUUGUCGAAGGAGAACCAGGCCUCAAGGCACCCAAGAAUGCCACUGCUUGGGUGGGAGAGACCUUCAAGCUCUCCUGCCAAUUCCCAUGCAAAUACUACUCCUAUGAGAAAUACUGGUGCAAGUGGAGUAACAAAGUUUGCAAAACUCUGCCCAGCCAAGCUGAAGGGCCCAGCCAGGCCUUCGUGAACUGCGACCAGAAGAGCCAGAUCAUUUCCAUGACCCUGAACCAAGUCUCCAAGGCGGAUGAAGGCUGGUACUGGUGCGGGGUGAAGGAUGGCCUCCGAUACGGAGAGACCACGGCUGUCUAUGUGGCAGUCGAGGAGAGGGUAAAGGGGUCCCAAGAUGUCAGCCAAGUGGAUGCUGCUCCUGGUGAAGAGUCAAGUGUCAGGGAGGUUGAGAGCAAAGUCAUUCAGAAUCCCAGGCUUUUUGUGGAUGACAACACAGUGAAGGAUACCGGAGACCCUGUAGAUGGGAGCAGAGCAUCCGCAGACACCAGCAGCUCUGAGGGACAAAGUGGGAGCUCCAAAGUGCUUGUCUCCACCGUGGUGCCCCUGGGCCUGGUGCUGGCAGUGGGGGCCGUGGUCGUGGCGGUGCUCAGAGCACGGCACAGGAAGAAUGUUGACCGGAUUUCUAUUAGAAGCUACAGGACAGACAUUAGCAUGUCAGACUUUGAGAACUCCAGAGAUUUUGGUGCCAAUGACAACAUGGGAGUCUCGCCAGUCACUCAGGAGACAACUCUUGGAGGAAAAGAUGAGUGCACCACCACCACCGAGAACACCGUGGAGACUGAGGAACCCAAGAAGACAAAACGGUCCUCCAAGGAGGAAGCCGACAUGGCCUACACCGCCUUCUUGCUCCAGACCAACAACAUGGCUGCCGAAGUCCAGGAGGGCCCUGGGGAAGCCUAGGCGCCAGGCGCUCUGUCCUUUCCCACCACUCAUGACAAUUGCCUUCAGAAUCAUAUUGAUCCUCAGGGGACCUCAACUCCAGGGGGCUUCACUGCGUGCACUCACACCCCACUUUUCCUACCUGUGCUCAGAGGGUUUGCUGGUCCCUCCUCAGUGGUAUCCAAGCCCGGCCUAACUGUUCCUGGUGGGGUUGAGGGGCCAAGAGGGGUUCCAUCUGCAGCUUAUUUUAAUGAGACAGCCCAACAUGUAGAAGGAGAAUUAAGAUCUUAGAGGCACCUCUCAGAAAGAAGAGAGAUCACGUGGGUGGGAAGAUAAUUUCAGAAAGAAGGCUUUUCCGCACCCUUCUAAUGGGAUCCUCAAUGGGGUUCCCCUCUCCACGCCACCCUUCCUUCUCUGCAUCCCCCCUUACAUCACCUCCUCUUUCCUUCAUUGAAAAUACAUAUUUGCAUACUCACUAGCAUCAAGGCACUCUUCUAGACACGGACAGAGAGGCUGCAGACCCAGCCAGCAGCCUUUUUGUAAACAUCACUCAAUCCUUGGAAGCUGCAGCUCCUCUCAGUAUAGUUAUACUCACCAAGACCUGAAAUCCUCAUCAGGGACACUUACCUCCACCCAUAGUGGGAGAAAUCAUAAACUAUCUGGAGUCCUAGGGCCUGAGGGAUCAUGUAACAUGGGCAUAUAUACAAGGAAUCAUAAACACACAUGCUAACCAUUUCACAGGAGAGAAAAUUGAGGUCCUGAGAGGUGAAGAGGUUUGCUCAAGGGUACCAUGUAGCAUAAACUAGUGUUAAGACCAGGGGUGGCAUCUUGUGUCUUCUUGGCCAGGAAUCUCUCUAUAAAAGCCCCUGCACUCCUGAUGGAGGCAGAGUUCUAGAAUAAGGAGGAGGAGGAAGAGAAAAACAUAAUGGGGACUAGUCUUUCACAAGCCCCUCCUCAGGGAAGAGGACUCAUUCCCUUUCUGUCACUCAGAGGGACACAAGGGGAUAAAAGAGUGGUCAAACACUGGUAAGCCAUUUACUUGAAGAGUUCCCAACCAAAGGGAAGCAAAGACGGUGUUUGAUGAUGCCAGGGAGGGGCUGAUUUCCAAAGAGCUAAGGUUUAAGGUCUUUUUCCCUCUGAGCUCUGUACUUCAACCAGCACCUACCAGCUGACACUCGCUUACAAAUCAAAAAUGUGACUCCGUUAAUAAUUAAAGACCGUGAUUGCCACCA